GUCAAAACGGUGAACAUAAUUUUGAUCACUAGUAUCGCCGGCAUGGAAGGUUCCAAGGGAUUUCUGAAUAUUUUGUUGGUCAUAAAAAUCUUAUACAUUGUGCCGGUGGGGAUUAUAUGUUUGGUAAUCCUGGCAAUUCAGGUGACGGACUAUCGGCUUGAUGACUUUGUACUUGUCGUCCACUUGAGCUACAUGGAGCAGCGAGCGCGUUCGUACACUCCGGAUUCUUGGGAAAGAGGAAUCAAUAUAAUGUUGGGCGUCCACAUCGCCAUCCUAUAUGUGCUAUUUUGUGUGAGGGAGCGUAUGAGGCUGCAGACUCUAGAGGAAACCCGCCGCCAGCGGGAGAUCGAGGAUCUCUUUCGAAUGGAGACCGAGUUCAUGGAGCAGCUGCGAUGCGAAGGCAUCGAACUGGAGGAUCCCAGUUUGGAUUCGAGCUUCGCAUAACCAUCUUGGCGGCGCAUUCAGAAGCCAAUCAAAUAUCUCGUUAAUGCCGCCGCCUUGGACAAUGUUAAUGCUGUAUUCAUCGUAUGAAUGUAUAUAUAGAUCCCUCGCUUGAUUGCCCAGAAUUGAAUUCAACAUUUGUCCGCCGUGCGCUACACCUACACUGCUCAAUUACCCGGCCGAUCCAAUAAAAUCCUCCUCGCCCGAGUUGAACGUGCCCGGCUGGCAUUACUACA